AUUUUUUACUUUUGCUUCACACUUCACAGUUAAGCGCCCUUCCCAAACAAGUGAAUUUAUGAGUUUGCGUGGAUCCUAAAUUGUUUCAAAUAUAAUCUUCGUCCAAAGCAGCACACACAUGACUUUUGAUCCGUAAUAGCGGUUGAAUGCUGAGCCUUUCCUUUACGAACAUCUUUCGGGAAAGUUUUACAUACUUCAGAGACUGAUCAUUUCACAGAAUGAGUUUGGCGGAGAUCAAUGAGAAUGUGAAGCUGGCUAGAGAAUACGCCCUGCUGGGGAACUACAGCUCUGCAGUGGUCUGUUAUCAGGGGGUCCUGGAGCAGAUCAGAAAAUACCUCUACUCAGUCAAAGACUCCUCUCUACAGCAGAAAUGGCAGCAGGUUUGGCAGGAGAUAAAUGAGGAAACUAAGCAGGUUCGGGAGAUCAUGGCAACACUUGAGAGCUUCCAGCUGGAGUUGACCCCAUCCAAACCCAGCAGCUUUGGCCAGGAGAAUGACAUUAUGCCUGUUCACGUGGAGCACAGGCCAUCUCCGUGUGUAGUGCGGAAAUCCUCCGGUCCUCAUAAAGAAAGCAAAGGCCACGGGACCCGACUGAGCGCUGGCCCCCGCAACCAACCACGACCCUCGCCGCGUGUUGCCAACGGUGACAAGGGAAAACCUCAGAAAGGCAAAGAAAAGAGAGAAAACCCAUCCAAACCAAAGGAUGAUAGAAACAAAGCGGAGGGUGUGGAGACAGAGGUGAAGAGGUUUGACAGAGGAGGAGAGGACAAAGAUCUGAUUGAAACUCUGGAGAGAGACAUCAUCUCACAAAACCCCAAUGUCACAUGGGGUGACAUUGCUGACCUGGAGGAGGCCAAGAAGCUUUUGAAGGAAGCCGUGGUUCUGCCUAUGUGGAUGCCUGAAUUCUUUAAAGGAAUAAGACGCCCGUGGAAGGGAGUGUUGAUGGUGGGUCCGCCAGGCACAGGAAAGACAUUGCUGGCCAAAGCUGUUGCCACUGAGUGCCGAACCACCUUCUUUAAUGUAUCCUCUUCCACCCUCACCUCCAAAUACAGAGGCGAGUCUGAAAAACUUGUGAGGCUACUGUUUGAGAUGGCACGCUUUUAUGCCCCCACCACCAUCUUCAUUGAUGAGAUAGACGCUAUAUGUAGCCGUAGAGGAAACUCAGAGGAACAUGAAGCCAGCAGACGCGUCAAAUCUGAACUACUCGUCCAGAUGGAUGGUGUUGGUGGGUCGUCUGAAAAUGACCCUUCGAAAAUGGUCAUGGUUCUGGCAGCCACCAACUUCCCAUGGGACAUCGAUGAAGCUCUGAGACGCAGGCUGGAGAAGAGAAUUUACAUCCCUCUGCCCUCAGCUAAAGGAAGAGUGGAGUUACUCAAGAUCAGCCUGAAGGAGCUGGAGCUGGCCAAUGAUGUCAACAUGGACAAGAUCGCUGAGCAGAUGGAGGGAUACUCUGGUGCUGACAUCACCAAUGUUUGCAGAGAUGCAUCCCUGAUGGCAAUGAGAAGGCGGAUUGAGGGCUUGACCCCUGAGGAGAUACGAAACUUGUCGAAAGAUGAGAUGCACAUGCCUACUACAAUGGAGGACUUUGAGAGGGCACUCAAGAAAGUGUCCAAGUCUGUAUCUGUUGCUGACCUAGAAAAAUAUGAAAAGUGGAUAGCGGAGUUUGGCUCCUGCUGAUGAUACCAAAGAACCUUAAUUGAUUCCCCUUACAGUCACCGUUAGCACUUUGAAAGACUGAGGGUCAGUUUCACUAAAUCUCAGAGCACUUCCACCCUGUACCACACUGAAAUCAAAGGUUGGCAAGUCUUGCCUCGGAUGAGGUUUGUAUCUUUAGUGUACAGAUUCAUAGUAAUAGUUUAAUAUUUAAUAGUAAUAGAAUUGGUUUUACAUCUACAGGACUUUUCAGAGCUGAUUAGCUUGAUACAGGUUAAGCUUUCUCUUAAACUGAAGUUCACUCGCAUCAAUUUGUAAGGAUGAAGGCUGAACUAAUUAUCCAGUAAAUCCAGAGUUCUGGAGUCGGGAAAACAACCUGUUUUGGUGCCCUUCUAACCAACAGCCUUAUGAUGUGUUGCCUUACUGUAGUUUGUACAGAUAAUAAUGCUAAUGUGGACACAGGAUUGUCUUUACUUUUAAAAUCACUGCCAAUGACCAAAGACCAGCAAACCCUAUUCUCUGUUGUCUCCAAAUGCUACUUGAGGUGAAAAGAUAUGCAAGCUAAAAGGUUUGCUGCUCCUG